AUGACCUCGGAUGAGCGGCGGUGUCUCUCAUACUUCCAAAAUCACACCAUCCCCACUCUCCUCGGUCUUUUCGAUUCAACCCUAUGGGAAAAGCUGGUCUUUCAGAUCUCUCAGUCCGAGCCAGCCGUAUACCAUGCAGUGGUCGCCCUCAGUGCGAUUCACUACGACUCUGAAGCCAAGGGAAUGCCGUUGCUCAUGGGCCAACCACGGAAUACCUGGCAUCAAUUCGCUCUGGAGCAGUUGAGUCGCGCUUUCAACCUCUUGACCAAACGCCGCACAUCCCAGGACCCUCGCUUCUGUAACGUCACCCUUGUCUGCUGCCUUCUGUUCGUGCUAUCAGAUCUGCUGUGCGGGCAUUAUGAUAGCGCAUUUAGCCACCUCCAGAGUGGUAUACGUAUCCUGCAAGACCUCCAGGCUCAUCGGCAACUGAUCGCACCGACACCUCGGGAGGAGCUGGUCGAGCAGAGCCUCGUCGCGGCAUUUGCGCACUUGGAUACCAUGUCCACGCAUUUUGGAGUCGGAGGUCCGCUCCUGUGCAUUGAGAAUGAGCUGAGCGAUCGUCAUAUUGAUUGCGAUCCGCUAAUGCAAUUCCAAAGCCUCCAAGAUGUCCUCCGUGCCUUUGAACCCUACUUCAGCAUGGCUUUUCAGUUUAUCUCUCCUUGUAUGUAUCGCCCACCGGAUCACAUCGGUCCCGAUUAUGAGGCAUUGCACCGACAACAGCUCGAAACCUGGUCCCAUUUUAGCCAUUUCAUACGGCAAUUCAAGCAAUUUUACAGCAACAUGUACAAUCGCCUGAGUCGUGCAGAGCAGAGAGGGGCCGACCUAGUAGACAUAUGGAUCACGGGCUUAUCGGUGGCGAUAAAAACAUGCCUCGUCGGUGGAGACAUCGCCGUCCUGGAUUGUUAUACCCCUGACUAUCGGAUGGUCGUCAUCCUCACCGAAGCAUUCUUGCAAAAGUAUCCAGAGCGACCGAGUAUCAGCAUUCAAUGUGGCAUCAUUCCUCCCCUCUUCCAUACUGCGUUCGCUUGUCGGGAUUACACGGUGCGGUGGCAAGCCAUGGAGCUGCUUUGGAACUGGCCACAUCGUGAGGGGACGUUUGAUUCCAACUGGUGUGUUUCUUUGGCCUCUCAAACAUUGAAGCUGGAGCUACAGACCUGUUUGGCAACGGGCCAGCUCCCCGAUGACACGACUCCCAUCGUCACCAAUCGGGCGGGACAGCGUCUAUCAGCCAAGGAACUCGUGGCCAUAAUGACUCACCAUCAGCAACAAAUGCGUGGGUUUAAUACGAACAGGGCAGGCGAUGCGUCUAUGGUUGAUGGUGAAUGGUCUCCGCUGGACCUCCUUGGAAGCGUCAAAUGUAUGUCCGGCUGGUCCUGUGUCCGAGCGUUCAACGCCUUCGCUGCUCAGAUGGAAAUUUAUUCCACCAUCGCGGCUUGUUCAGCAGGUUGCGAAUGA